AUGAAACGAAAAGCUGUCGAAACUAAUCAUACUCCUCCAUCAAAAAAACUCACAAGCCAAAAACCCAAUUUAUUGGAAAAUAAUGAUGAACAUUAUUGUUUUUUAGAUUUAACAUUUUCAUCAAAAUUACUUUCCACCAAAAUUGCAGACAUUCCACACAAGGAAAAAUUUGAAACAAUUAUGAAACCAAUAUUCGAAUAUUCUUUCGGAACAAGUUAUGAUGAAAGUGCUCAUGUUUGGGAUUUCCAAAGUGAAUAUGAUGAUGAAGAGAAUGACGAAAGUGAUGAAAGUCAAAGAAUUAAAUUGAAAAUUGAUUGGAUAAGAGAUCAAACUUUCAUUCACAAUCAAAUAUUCAAUUUGUGUUCUCAAAAUUUUGACAUUUUGGCCAGAAAAUUUGGAUUGUGGAAGAAUAGAUCAUUUGUUUUGCAAACGACUGAAUAUGUUGAUCUUGGAACAUUAGAAUAUGUAGAUGAAGAGUUUGGGAAUGACAGAGAAAUUGUCAUGGCAUCUGUCAAAGUAAAUGGAUUUAACCUUGUGUAUGUCGAGUCAGAAGAAUUGAAGAAUGAUAAGGAAAUUGUCAUGGCAGCUGUUACUAGUUGUGGAAGAGCUCUUGAAUUUGCAUCUAAAGAAUUGAGAAAUGAUAUUGAAAUUGUUAGAAUUGCUGUACAACAAGAUGGUAUUGCACUUCAGUUUGCGUCAAAAGAAUUGAAGAAUAAUAAGGAAAUUGUCUUGCUUGCUUUAGAAUCACACCCAAAAUCUUAUGCAUGCAUAUCUCUUGGAUUGAAGAAGGAUAGAGACGUGAUUUUUAAAGCAUUUUCAAAAUCUCUUACCUGCCUUAGUCAAGUUGAUCAGUUAUUUAGCAACGAUAGAGAAUUUAUUCGCACAUUAGCAAAGUUAGAUGGUAAUGUAGCACUGUACUAUGCUUCUGAGGAAUUGAGAAACGACAGAGAGAUUGUAAUUAAAUCCAUUCAACAAGAUCCAUCCGGGUUUAUCUUUGCAUCCAAGGAAUUGCAAAAAGAUAGAGAAAUUGUGAAAUCAGCUGUUAUGAAAAAUGGUUUAUGUUUGAGGUUUUUAUCAGCACAAUUAAGAGAUGACAGGGAAAUUGCAGAAUUGGCACUCAAAUCAUGUGGUUUAAGCAUUCAGUAUAUUUCUGAAAGAUUGAGAAAUGACACUGAAUUUCUUCAAUCAUUGGGAAAGAGAGGCUAUUUAUUGAGAUAUCUUCCAGAUGAAUUUAGAUAUGACAGAGAAAUAUUAUUGGAAUCACUUAAACUUGAUCCAAUCAAUUUUGAUUUUAUUCCAAAUGAAUUGAAAAAUGACAGAGAAUUUAUAUUACAAGCUGCAACAAGAUGUGGAAUGAUACUUUCUUUUGUGAAUGACCAAUUUAGAAAAGAUAGAGAAAUAGUUUUAGCUGCAGUUUCCCAAAACGGGCAUGCAAUUAAAAAGGUCUCUAAAGAACUUUUAGAUGAUGAGGAUAUAAUUCUUAAAGCUGCUGAAACAUGUCAACUGAAUAUCCCUAUUUUUAGUAAUUUUCGGAAAGUAUUAGGAGGAUUGAAAGACAAACAAAGUUGCAUGCAAUUUGCCAAGAAAAGUGGGGAGUGUUUACAAUAUUUUCCAAGUUAUUAUCAAAGAGAUAGAGAGAUUUUGAUGGAAGCUUUAAAAACCAAUGUUGACACAGCAUUCCGCAAUGCUUCUAGUUAUUUAAAAGUGACAGAUAGAUUAUUUGCUAUUAGAGUCGUGAAAAGAAAUGGAAAUCUUUUGGGUCAAAUGUGUUCGAAACAUAGAAAUGAUAGAGAAAUAGUUUCAUUUGCAGUUAAACAAAAUAAGAAUGCAUUGAAAUAUGCAUCAGUUCAAUUGAGAAUUGAUAGCCAGAUUUUGGAAUUGUGUAAUAAUUGA